AUGCAGGCGAAAUAUGGGAUUCAGGAUUGCGAUUUCUACAACUUCGACGAAACAGGCUUUAUGAUGGCUUUCAAAGCUGCAUAUCAACAAUCGAUUACUAUUCAGAAUAUAAAAGCUGGUUUUCGAGGAGCAGGUCUAAUAUCAUUUGAUCCUCAAUCUAUACUCUCAAAACUAGAUAUUAGGAUUCGUACUUCUAUCCCUCCAUCUACCUCCUUGGAACUUACCAAUUUCUGGAUCUCUCAAACCCCUCACAAUCCAACUGAGGCUCUUUUACAAUCAACUCUAAUAAAAGCUCGAAUAGCUCGUCAUCAAUCAAGCUCUCCUACACCUAUAUUUGAGACUGUACAAGCUUUAGCUAAAGGUACAGAGAGAUUGGCAUAUGAAGUUACACUUUUGAGUGUUGAGAAUCGUAUACUUCGAAAAGCAAAUGAAGCGUUAAGUAAACGUCGAUACACUAAAAAAAUUCAACUACGUAAUAGAGGAGUACUUACUGGACAAGAAGCUGAAGAUAUAUUAUCACAACAAGAGAUUGAUAAUCAGAUUCAACGCGACGAGCGUCAAAAUGGAGGAAAUUCUAAUAGGGAAUCAUCUACUAGUCGAUGCUGUAAUGCUAGUUUAUUAGAUUCUUAA